AUGCACGUCGGUCCCUUCUUGUUUCCAAUUCCUCCCGACAAGGACAUGUUACAGAGUUUGAAGGCUGUCGGAAACCCUGUCACUCCGGUUGGCGAGUUGCUCGGAUUACAUGAUGCGCCCAAUCUUCGUACCCUUCAUUUUAACAUUGCAUCCAUUCUGGAGAUCUUUUGGCACGUAUCUCGGGGCACUAUGUCUUCCUUCCAUCUGCUUCCUGGUCAUCGUGGAUUGUGUACCUGUGCUGGGCCUGUGGUCGAGCAUCAGUCCAUUGCACUAUUCACUCUUAGUUGUUGCUCGUCGCUUUGGGAUCUCAUCAUCGACAAGAUCCCCCUUCGCUCUCAGGGUUUGGUAGAAAUCCUCAAUUCGUUACAAGAACUCCGGUAUUUGACCAUCUGCAAACCUACGGUACCACUGUUGAGGGCUUACUACCCUAUUUCCCAACAGUUUACGCAAAAAUUACUCGAUGAUGGUACUUUUCUUCCGAAGCUGGCAUCAGUCGAUGUUCACUUGCAUGAACAGUCGACAGUGGAACAGUCAUUGAUUGACAAUGCUAUCAAACGGCGUGCUAUACACAAGUUGGACUCUUGUGAAGCUUCGUCCGUGAGAUAA